UAAUAUGCUUUUAUAUGUACUGUUCCGUCAUCAUUCUAUAUCGUAUUAUAGAAUGUUGGUGGUAAUUUGCGUAUAUAUACGAUGUACAAAAAUCAUAUUUUUGAUUAAACCCUUGUUUAAUCAUCAUGACUAUUUCAUCCCUUCUGUACAUCAAUCGAACCAUUUAAUUAUGAUUAUGAAUUAGUCAAAUAUAUAUAUAUGUAAGUUUGGAUCCAUGUAGACUGAAUUAAAUUGAAUUGACAGAAACUACCCUCAUUAUGGAAUCUUUAAGGGUAGCGACAGUAUUCACAACCAUUACAUUACAACCAAGUUUAACUCUAAAUAUAACUUGUGGAACUCAUAUUAUUCAUUCAACUUUAUUAAAUGAUGAACAAUACUAUUGUUCAACCUCUGGUCUUGAUGUAGGUUGGUCAAUAUCAACUUUAUCCAUCCUUGGUGCUGAAUAUGAUCAACCUUCAAGUCAGGCCAUAACUUUGUUCCACAAUAAUAAUAAAAUCAUGUUGAAUUUCAUAUUGAUGAUUAUCGGUAUCAAUGUUUCAUUGGUUUUAUUCAUGUUUUGAAUGUUAGUCACACGUUCAUUAUCUACACCUUGAUCCAUUUCAAUGAUAGAUAGAAUGACUUCACCUUAACUUGAAUCAACUUUAAUAACAUGUUGCCAAAUGUCAAUUUUAUAUUGCGGUGUGGAUGU